AGCAUUUGGUAGCGCUAGCCUUUGUUUCAUUUCCGGCUGCUCUUUGACGUUAAAUGCUGUUCUAUUUUUUAAUUUGGUGAUAGCAUCUUUCUACCCAAUAAUUGACGAACAAUUCAAGCUACAAUCAAAUUACGAACGAUGUAUGAUUUUUUCAAUUUUUUCAAUUUCUUUAGAUUAAAGAUUUACAAUCCUAUCAGAGGGCAAUGGACUGAAGUUCAUAUUUGUUUAGCUGCUUGUUUAUUGUACCAUCUACGUUUACUGAAGUACGCAGCUAGAAAUGAACAAGGUCGAACUUGCUUGCAUUGAUACGGGCUUUGGCUUACGCCUGGCAUUGAAUUGGGUUGAAUUGCUGCCUUGGAAUUGCUGUGUGGUUACGUCCUUGGGGGCCAUAUAUCAAGCUGUGCAUUUGUCAUUUGUAGCGAGGAGGCGUUGUUACUACAAAAAUGCCCAAACGGGUCGAAGCAGCUGAGGCACAAGAGAUUGUGUCCCCAAAGAAGAGAAAACGAGUUCAAAGCAACAGUAGCCCAUCAAGCGGAGCAAAGACUGUAGCGCCACCUCCUGUUGUAAAAUAGUUGACCCUUAUGAGAAUGCCAUUGAAUUUGAAGAAACUGAGUCGACUAAAAGGUCAUCUGCUCAAGACAUGAAACUCUUCCAUCUAACCUGUGACACAAUCAGAAAAUUGAUGAGUCAAAUUGAAGAAUUGAAGAGAUCGCCAGACAAGAACCGGUCCCGGAUCGCCGAGCUGCGCGCGCUGGCCGGACUGCACGUGCUGGCGCUGAAGAAGAUCAACCGUCUGGAGAAGGCGCGCCUGAAGGCGGCCCGCGAGAACACGCACGCCGCCAAACAGCGCGUGGACACGUUCCACCUGACGCUGCAGAACCUGCUCUACGAGAUCGUGCACGUGCGACGAGAGAUCAACCGCUGCCUCGAGUUUAGGUCCCAGGACGAGGACAUCAGUCUGGUCUCUGAGGAGGAGUUCUACCGCGAUGCUCCCGAGGAAAUUAGCCAGCCGUCGUCGACGCGCGAGGACGAACACCGCCGCCACCUGGCGCGCCUGGACUGGGAGCUGGAGCAGCGCCGACGACUGGCCGCCGACUGUCGCCAGCUGGACACGGACAAACGGCGCAUCAGCCAGCGUAUCGGACAGCAGAGGAAGCGGCUCAGCGACCUGGCGCCCCAGCUCGCCGCCGUGCUACAGAGCACGCAGCCGCUGCAAGAGGAGCUGUCGCUGCCGCUGGACCAGCGUCGGCAGCAGCACCGUCUGGCCGCUCUGCUGCCUCGGCCGCUUUACCUGCUCUAUGUGCAGACCACCGCCUACGCCGAGGCCUGCGACUCGUCCAUCAGCGCCACCAUAUGUGGCAGUGAGGAGGAGGCCGUCACCCUGAAAAUGGCCGACCAGAGGGAGUCGGGAGACGAGUCGGAGUCAGACCAGGAGGCAGAGGACGAGGCCAGGAGGAAGAAGCGCCACCGUAAGUCGGCCCGAGACGAGGAGGCCGCCCGUCUGCGCAAACUGCUGCACAAACAUCCGCUGCUCGUGGUGGUGGAGAUCGUCUGCAAGGACCUGGGCCGUCUGGUGCUGGAGUUUGUACACCUCACGCAACUGGGUAUCGUCACCGUCUCGGUCGGCAUCCAAGACUGCGCCGUCACCGGCGCCCUGCUGUCGGCCGAGUCGCUACUCGACUACCUGGAGCCGGGUGACGCCGGCUCCGACUCGCCGUCGGCGGCGACGGCUCACCAGCUGCGUCGCGCGGGCCUGUCGCCGCUGGGACAGUACAUCACCGCCGGGCAGCUCGGCAAACCCUACCUGUGGGCGCAGCGGCUGGCCGGACUGGAGUUUAUCGCCGGCACGCAGGACCCUCCGGCGCCGGCGGCCGAGUCGGUGGCCGCCCUUCAUGUCGAAGCCACGAUGAAGCAGAUCCGCGCCCGACUCGAGGCGCGCGUGGCGCUCCAGGGCCAGCUGGACGCCAUAGGCGCGGGUAAGCUGCCGCUGCCUGAUCCGGUAUCGGCGCAGCUACCGGCCGCCCGCGAGUCGCGCCUCGUCUCGUGGCUCUCCAUCAGCCCCGAGACGUACCGCGCCUCGGGCGUGCUCUGCGCUGCCGAGCUGGACGAUUGCUGCGCCUGCUUCCUGGCGAAACUGGAGCACCCGGCAGGUCUGCAGCUGAGCUGUUACGUGGCGCUGAGUCCCCAGCACCCGCGGGUGCCGCCGCUCGUGGGCCUGAAACUGGCCACCAAACGGGGCGCCAGCAGCCCGCGCGCCGCCAGCUCAUCGGCACUCAGGGCGCUGGAGUGUGAGCUGAACGUCUCUGUACCGAGCCGUCUGGUCGGCGGCUCGAGGGCUGCCGUGCUGCCGGCCGUGCUGGCUACGGCGGCCACGGCGCUGGACGUGCUCCAGAGAACGGCCGACGGGGGCGGGGAGCCGACCCACCACCGACUGACGCUGCGGCCCCACCGCGGCCGGGACCGAGUGCCGCCACUGCGCUACGACCCAGCGCUGCACAUGUUCACGCACGGGACCGGCUGAGACGCUGUGGCAGCUCAAGAGGCUUUCGAGCUGGGAUGGGGGGGGGGAGGAGGUAAUGCUGCCCGACCGCUCGGUGUUUGACGGUAAUGGUGGACCGUCGCUCUCGCUAGCCGCCGCGCUGUUCGUAAACGACCGCGACAUAGAGUGAGGAGGGUUUGACGGCGGUACGGGGGGGGGGGGGGAGGGCGGAGGGGAGAACUGGUGAGCCGGCAGGGAUUGUACGGCUUCAUAAGCGGUGCGGGGCGAGUGCGGUGGAGUGCAGAGCCGACCGACCGCCGCGAUCCGGCUUGAUGUGGCGUCCGUGCUGGCUAAAUGGAGUUGGCAGUCCUGUUCGACCGUCCUUUGGCCAGCGAUGGAUGACGUAGUGUCUGAACUACCGGCUAGGAGAAUCGCUUGCCGAUUAAGCGGUAAAGCUACGUGUUUCUCUACUUUGUUUCAUGCAACAUUCGUUCAACAAACUUUCCUGUAUAACUGACGGCUGCGUCAUCCCUAGGAAGUUCAAACAGAAUCAUCUGAAUACGCAUUGGUGUGUAUUGUUCGAGUUCAACCAUUCACAGCAUACAGUAUACAUGGGAAUAUAUUGCG